GCGGGAGGCUCAGACUCAUGAAAUGGCCACAGAUGAUAAGACUUCCCCAACACUGGACUCUGCUAAUGAUUUGCCUAGAUCUCCUACCAGUCCGUCUCAUCUCACACAUUUUAAACCUCUGACUCCUGAUCAGGAUGAACCUCCUUUUAAAUCAGCAUAUAGUUCUUUUGUAAACCUUUUUCGAUUUAACAAAGAGAGAGCAGAAGGGGGCCAGGGUGAGCAGCAGUCUCUGAGUGGAAGUUGGACCAGCCCUCAGCUCCCUUCAAGGACACAAUCUGUAAGGUCACCUACUCCUUAUAAGAAACAGCUUAAUGAGGAACUACAGCGGCGCUCUUCAGCAGUAUUAGACACAAGGAGGAAAGCAGAACCUACUUUUGGAGGUCAUGAUCCUCGUACAGCUGUUCAGCUUCGAAGCCUCAGCACAGUAUUAAAACGCCUCAAGGAAAUCAUGGAGGGGAAAAGCCAGGAUAGUGACCUGAAGCAAUACUGGAUGCCAGAUAGCCAAUGUAAAGAGUGCUAUGACUGUAGUGAGAAAUUUACAACCUUUAGGCGCAGACACCAUUGCCGACUAUGUGGGCAGAUUUUCUGCAGUCGUUGCUGUAAUCAAGAAAUUCCUGGAAAAUUUAUGGGCUAUACAGGGGACCUCCGAGCUUGCACAUACUGUAGAAAAAUAGCCUUAAGUUAUGCUCAUUCCACAGAUAGUAAUUCGAUUGGGGAAGACUUGAAUGCUCUUUCAGAUUCUGCUGCUUCUGUGUCUGUACUUGAUCCAAAUGAGCCCCGAACACCUGUUGGAAGUAGAAAAGCCAGUCGUAACAUAUUUUUAGAGGAUGACUUGGCCUGGCAAAGUUUGAUUCAUCCAGAUUCCUCAAAUACUGCUCUUCCAACAAGACUUGUAUCUGUUCAAGAAGAUGCCGGAAAAUCUCCUGCCCGGAAUAGAUCAGCCAGCAUUACUAACCUGUCAUUAGAUCGAUCUGGUUCUCCUAUGGUACCUUCAUAUGAGACAUCCGUCAGUCCCCAGGCUAACCGAACAUAUGUAAGGACAGAGACCACUGAGGAUGAACGCAAAAUUCUUCUGGACAGUGUUCAGUUAAAGGACCUAUGGAAAAAAAUCUGCCAUCACAGUAGUGGAAUGGAGUUUCAGGAUCACCGCUACUGGCUGAGAACACAUCCCAACUGCAUUGUGGGAAAGGAACUAGUCAACUGGCUGAUCCGAAAUGGACACAUUGCUACAAGGGCACAAGCAAUAGCCAUUGGACAAGCAAUGGUUGAUGGACGUUGGUUGGAUUGUGUUAGUCAUCAUGACCAGCUUUUCAGGGAUGAGUAUGCACUGUACAGACCACUGCAGAGUACAGAAUUUUCUGAGACGCCUUCUCCGGACAGUGACUCCGUGAACUCUGUGGAAGGACACUCUGAGCCAUCCUGGUUUAAAGACAUAAAGUUUGAUGACAGUGACACAGAACAGAUAGCUGAAGAAGGUGACGAUAAUUUGGCUAAUUCUGCCAGUCCUAGCAAGCGCACAUCAGUCAGCAGUUUCCAGUCCACAGUGGACAGUGACUCAGCCGCUUCCAUCAGCCUGAACGUGGAGCUGGACAACGUGAACUUCCAUAUCAAGAAGCCCUCCAAGUACCCACAUGUGCCCCCUCACCCUGCUGACCAAAAAGAGUAUUUGAUUUCUGAUACUGGAGGACAACAGCUCUCAAUAAGUGACGCCUUCAUCAAAGAAUCCUUAUUUAAUCGUCGGGUGGAGGAAAAGUCGAAAGAACUGCCUUUCACACCAUUGGGCUGGCAUCAUAACAACCUGGAGCUCCUAAGGGAGGAGAAUGGAGAGAAACAAGCCAUGGAGAGGUUGCUGUCAGCCAAUCAUAACCACAUGAUGGCACUACUGCAGCAGUUACUCCAUAAUGACUCACUGUCACCAUCUUGGAGGGACAUCAUUGUAUCACUGGUCUGCCAGGUUGUUCAGACAGUCCGACCUGAUGUCAAGAGCCAGGAUGAUGAUAUGGAUAUCCGUCAGUUUGUCCACAUCAAAAAAAUCCCAGGUGGAAAGAAGUUUGAUUCUGUGGUUGUCAAUGGCUUUGUUUGUACUAAGAAUAUUGCACAUAAAAAGAUGAAUUCUUGUAUUAAAAACCCAAAAAUUCUUCUGUUGAAGUGUUCCAUUGAGUAUCUUUACAGAGAAGAAACGAAGUUUACUUGCAUUGAUCCUAUUGUGCUUCAGGAAAGGGAAUUCUUGAAAAAUUAUGUUCAGCGAAUAGUUGAUGUCCGACCCACAUUGGUUCUAGUUGAGAAAACAGUGUCUCGCAUCGCCCAGGACAUGUUACUUGAACAUGGCAUUACUUUGGUCAUUAAUGUAAAAUCGCAAGUUUUAGAUCGAAUCAGUCGGAUGACCCAAGGUGAUUUAGUAAUGUCAAUGGACCAGCUGCUUACGAAACCACACCUGGGCACUUGUCACAAAUUUUAUAUGCAGAUAUUUCAGUUGCCUAAUGAACAAACCAAAACGCUGAUGUUUUUUGAAGGCUGUCCGCAGCACCUAGGCUGUACAAUCAAGCUUAGAGGGGGCUCUGACUAUGAGCUGGCUCGAGUUAAAGAGAUCCUCAUAUUUAUGAUCUGUGUAGCUUAUCAUUCUCAACUAGAAAUCUCCUUCCUCAUGGAUGAAUUUGCUAUGCCUCCCACAUUGAUGCCGAACUCUUCAUUUCAUUCUCUGAUAGAGGGACGGGAGGAUGAGGGGGCCGCACAAGAGCAGUACAGUGCAGGUUCCCUCCCCCGGGAUCCUGACUUCCCCCCUGAGGUGCUGCCCUCUGAUGACAACAGUUUGCUGGAAUCAAGGAUUGUGUUCGAGAAGGGUGAGCAGGAAAAUAAAAGUGUUCCGCAGGCCGUUGCCUCACUGAAGCAUCAAGAGUAUCCUCCAACAGCUCGCCCGGCAGGUGUGCCCUGUGCUCUCUUUCCUUCGGUACCAGAAUCAUUAUUGCCUCUCCAUGUGGACGACCUGCAGGAUGCUGUUGGCAGCGAGCAGUCAGAGAUGCUGCAGCAAGCAGAUGAGCUGCAGGAUUCCAAAAGCCAAAUGAGAGCCUUUAGAGACCCUCUACAGGAUGACACCGGAUUAUAUGUGACAGAGGAGGUCACCUCCUCUGAAGAUAAACGGAAGACUUAUUCUUUGGCCUUUAAACAGGAAUUAAAAGAUGUGAUCCUCUGCAUCUCCCCUGUAAUCACAUUCCGGGAACCCUUCCUUUUAACUGAAAUGGGAAUGAGAUGCUCUACCCGGGAUUAUUUUGCAGAACAGGUUUACUGGUCUCCUCUCCUCAAUAAAGAGGUCAAAGAAAUGGAGAGCAGGAGGAAGAAACAGCUGCUCAGGGAUCUCUCUGGACUUCAGGGCAUGAACGGAAGUGUUCAAGCCAAGUCUAUUCAGGUCUUGCCCUCGCACGAGCUAGUGAGCACGAGAAUUGCUGAGCAUCUGGGUGAUAGCCAGAGUCUGAGUAGAAUGCUGGCUGAUUACCGAGCCAGAGGAGGAAGAAUUCAGCAGAAAAACUCAGACCCUUUUGCUCACUCAAAGGAUGCAUCGGGUACUUCCAGUGGCAAAUCAGGAAGCAAAACGGAGAGUGAUGAAGAGAAAGGGCUGAUUCCGAGUGAUGCAAUGUGGUCAACCAAGGUGGACUGUCUGAAUCCUGUUAACCACCAGAGGCUGUGUGUGCUCUUCAGCAGCUCUUCUGCCCAGUCGAGCAAUGCGCCCAGUGCCUGCGUCAGUCCAUGGAUUGUAACAAUGGAAUUUUAUGGAAAGAAUGAUCUUACAUUAGGAAUAUUUUUGGAGAGAUACUGCUUCAGGCCUUCUUAUCAGUGUCCUAGCAUGUUCUGCGAUACUCCCAUGGUGCAUCACAUUCGGCGCUUUGUCCAUGGCCAAGGCUGUGUGCAGAUAAUCCUGAAGGAGUUGGAUUCUCCGGUACCUGGCUAUCAACACACAAUUCUCACAUAUUCCUGGUGCAGAAUCUGCAAACAGGUAACACCAGUUGUUGCUCUUUCCAAUGAGUCCUGGUCUAUGUCAUUUGCAAAAUACCUCGAGCUUAGGUUUUAUGGGCACCAGUACACUCGGAGAGCCAAUGCUGAGCCAUGUGGUCACUCUAUCCACCAUGAUUAUCACCAGUAUUUUUCUUAUAAUCAGAUGGUGGCAUCUUUCAGUUAUUCUCCCAUUCGACUUCUUGAAGUAUGUGUUCCACUCCCUAAAAUAUUCAUUAAACGUCAGGCCCCAUUAAAAGUGUCCCUUCUUCAGGAUCUGAAGGACUUCUUUCAAAAAGUUUCACAGGUAUAUCUUGCUGUUGAUGAAAGACUUGCAUCUUUGAAAACGGAUACAUUUAGCAAAACAAGAGAGGAAAAAAUGGAAGAUAUAUUUGCACAAAAAGAGAUGGAAGAAGGUGAGUUCAAGAACUGGAUUGAGAAGAUGCAAGCACGGCUCAUGUCUUCCUCUGUAGAUACACCUCAGCAACUGCAGUCUGUCUUUGAGUCACUCAUUGCCAAGAAACAAAGUCUCUGUGAAGUGCUACAAGCUUGGAAUAAUAGGCAGGAAAAGGGUAGAAAACGACCUUCAGUUCCUCCAAGUCCUGGAAGACUGAGACAAGGGGAAGAGAGCAAGAUCAGCACAAUAGAUGCAUCUCCAAGAAAUAUUUCUCCAGGACUUCAACAAAAUGGAGAAAAAGAGGAUCGCUUCCUAACAACCUUAUCCAGCCAGAGCUCCACUGGCUCCAGCCAUCUCCAGUUGCCUACCCCACCAGAGGUCAUGUCUGAGCAGCUGGGGGGGGUGGGUCCUGACCUGGAUACAGCCAGCAGUUCCGAAGAUGUGUUUGAUGGGCAUUUGCUGGGAUCCACAGAUAGCCAGGUGAAGGAAAAGUCAACUAUGAAAGCCAUCUUUGCAAAUUUCCUUCCAGGAAAUAGCUAUAAUCCUAUUCCAUUUCCUUUUGAUCCAGAUAAACAUUACUUAAUGUAUGAGCAUGAACGGGUGCCAAUUGCAGUGUGUGAGAAGGAACCCAGCUCUAUCAUUGCUUUUGCUCUCAGUUGUAAAGAAUACCGAAAUGCCUUAGAGGAAUUGUCUAAAGCGACUCUGUGGAACAGUGCCGAAGAAGGGCUUCCAACAAAUAGCACUUUAGACAGCAGACCAAAGAGUAGCAGUCCUAUUAGAUUACCUGAAAUCAGUGGAGGACAGACAAGCCGUACAGCAGAAGCAGAACCACAGCCAACCAAAAAGGCUUCUGGAAUGUUGUCCUUCUUCAGAGGGACAGCAGGGAAAAGCCCUGAUCUCUCUUCCCAGAAGAGAGAGACCUUACGUGGAGCAGAUAGUGCUUACUACCAGGUUGGGCAGACGGGCAAGGAGGGCACGGAGAAUCAAGGCAUUGAGCCUCAAGAUGAUAUAGAUGGAGGAGAUACACAAAAGAAACAACUCACAAAUCCUCACGUGGAACUUCAAUUUUCCGAUGCUAAUGCCAAGUUUUACUGUCGUCUAUACUAUGCGGGAGAGUUUCAUAAGAUGCGUGAAGUGAUUCUGGGCAGCAGCGAGGAAGAUUUCAUCCGUUCCCUGUCCCACUCCUCACCCUGGCAGGCCCGAGGAGGCAAAUCAGGAGCUGCCUUCUAUGCAACGGAAGAUGAUAGAUUCAUUUUGAAGCAAAUGCCUCGUCUAGAAGUCCAGUCUUUCCUUGACUUUGCACCACACUACUUCAAUUAUAUUACAAAUGCUGUUCAACAAAAGAGGCCCACUGCAUUGGCCAAAAUUCUUGGAGUUUACAGAAUUGGUUAUAAGAACUCUCAGAACAACACUGAGAAGAAGUUAGAUCUCCUUGUCAUGGAAAAUCUUUUCUAUGGGAGAAAGAUGGCACAGGUUUUUGAUUUGAAGGGUUCACUUAGGAAUCGAAAUGUAAAAACUGACACUGGGAAAGAGAGUUGUGAUGUGGUCCUGUUGGAUGAAAAUCUCUUAAAGAUGGUUCGAGACAACCCUCUAUAUAUUCGUUCUCAUUCCAAAGCUGUGCUGAGAACCUCAAUCCAUAGCGAUUCCCAUUUCCUGUCUAGCCACCUAAUAAUAGAUUAUUCUUUGCUGGUCGGACGAGAUGAUACUAGCAAUGAGCUAGUAGUUGGAAUUAUAGAUUAUAUUCGAACAUUUACAUGGGACAAAAAGCUUGAGAUGGUUGUGAAGUCAACAGGGAUUUUAGGAGGACAAGGUAAAAUGCCAACUGUGGUCUCUCCAGAGCUAUACAGGACUAGGUUUUGUGAGGCCAUGGAUAAGUAUUUCCUGAUGGUACCAGACCACUGGACAGGUUUGGGACUCAAUUGCUGAAAUCAAGCAUUUAUUUUGAAAUCGACUUCAGUGAAGGAAAGGGAGCAGAAACAAAGGACCAAAAAUAAGCUACAUGUCUUAUUUCUUCAUCACGUUCACCACUGUAUAGGCCUUUUAGUUCUGCAGGUCUUUGGACCGUCCAUAACUAAAGGUUAAAAGCUCCAUGGAUUUACACCUUGGUUUUUGAUACCUGUGGAUUAGCUAUCUGCAGGUUGAGAAGUUCCAUGAAAAUUUUUGCACUUAAGCUAAUACACAGACACAUGUCAGAGGGCUAAGAAUGGAGAUUAGUAGGCAGGGUGGAAGAUAGGUUGCCAUAUUUGCUCACUUCAUUGUUUUAGGAAGAAAGCAUCUUGGAUUAUGACUACCCUGGCAUCUCAUUUGACACGGCCUAAGAAAGCCUUUGUAGAGCUGCUAAAUUUAUUUUGUGUUUCUUAUGUAAUAAUUUAAUGUUUACUGUUAUCAGAGUUUCUGGACUUUUAGAAAAUUCUGAUUUAUUCCACUAAAGGCCAGUUAAACAGGUUGGCGUUUACUAUUAUUGACGGAUUUGGCUUUAACCGGGAAUCAUGUUGUUCAUCUUCCCAUCUUGCCUUGUUUUUGAGUAUGUUUGAUGUUUUUAAAAUUUUAUCUUCUCUAUGGUUGACAAGAGGUUACAGUCAUUAACUUUAAGUUUUUUGUAGAACUACUUUUUAAGCUUAUUUAAAACAUUUGUGUAAUGUGCUAGAUUGUACUUUUCUGUAUAUGCUCACGUUCUAGUUUUUCCUUUCAUUUUCAGGGAACUAUAGUAAUCAGUAGUAAAUUACUCUGCAAUCACUAAAUCCCUAAAGGAAGAACUAUAAAUAAAGGAUUUUUUCCCCUAAUAUAAGAGAUAAAAGAGAUUCAAUCCAAAAAACUAUGUGAGAAGGGAGCACCUAUGUUUUUUUUUUUUUAUAAAGGUAAAUUGUCUUUUUUGAAGUAACCAACAAUUUAAGUUGCAUCUAUAAAAUGAAAAGUUUCCAGUGUGGGUAUGCCCAUUUUCUAACUUUUAUACACUGGCCAGUUCUAACUACUGAGAAAUAUUAAAAAAAUAUAUUUUUAUUAAGAAACAUCUUGUUUUACAGUCAGUGUUUUUGUUUGUUUUAAAAAAUAAUCAGAAGUACUAAACUGUUUUUGAGGAAAUAAUGUAAUUCCAGUGUCGUUCCUCUUGACUUCUUUCUAUAAUAAAGAUAACUCGGGAAUGUAUAAAGUAUUACAGAUUCCACUGUUUUCAGGCUUCUAUAAUAGUGCAUUAAUUUUCACAUAAUAAGAGUAAGAAAUUUGAAUAUCUUCUGUUAUACAGAGUAUAUAUAAUAAGUACAUGAAAUAAGAACAUUUGCUUUAGAGAAUGAAGACAGUAGUUUGGUUUGGUGCUUAUUAAAACAUGGUUUGUUUUGAAUUGGAAGCAAGUUGACCAAGGAGUUAUGACUAACUGAUGAUAAACCGAACUCGCACCCCCCCUUUUAAAUAUGUGAAUGUGCCUUUUGAAGAUACACAAAGCACUGAGAUUUCAGUUUUGAUAUCAAAGUCUGUAAAGGAUUUGUCCAGAGGUGAAAGGUAGUAGGACAUUAUUCAUUUAUUUUUCCAAGAACAACAAGUUUUAUGUCUGAUUUUAAGUGCCAACAUGCUUUCGUCUCUUGUGUGUGUUUCUUGUCUGUGUUUGUAUCCCCGUUCAUGAACACUUGAAUAACAAGGUAUCUCCCCCAAGCUGAAAUCCAUUAUUUCUUCGUUUUUAGUUUCCAUACCAUGCACAUAGCUGGAAUGCCCCUCGUGAGUAGCUCCUGACAAUUACGUCAUGUUGGUUUUGUCUUCCUUGCCCAUCACUCAAAAUUCUUAACCUUUAAAGUACUGUUGCCUCAUAGGCAAUUUUGUGGUUAAAAAAAAAAUUCUAAUAUAAUAUACUCUUGAAGCAAUAGUUGCUGCUUUUCAAGGGUGAUCUGUCCUUUUAAAACUAGUGUCUGGGCUGUUAAUUAAUGAAAGGGGAAUAUAAAAUCGAACUGUUUGUUUUGAGUGUGAAAAUUGUAAGCCUGGCCUGUUGCUGCUUAUAGUGACGCCACUAUGGUGUGUAUAUUCAGUGUUCCAAAUAAUGUUCCAGAGCUUAUUUAUAAAUGUGAUGCUUUUUGAUGUUCUCAAAACUUACUUAAAAAAUAGGAAGAAUUUACCUUUUUCUUUCCCUAGCCUAAAAAAAAAUGAGAGGAAGAAGCUGUUGUAAGCCCUUUUAUAGCCUAUUGAAUACUUUAAAUUUAUAGAUAUUAAACUUUUCCUAUAAAAUGUCUUACAGUUUUUUUCCUUGAUUCAGCUGUGAGUCGUUUUCUAGGUUUGACUUUUAUUGGGUGUUGUAAAUAGUAGGGUCAUAUUGACAUCAGCUUUUAUGAUGGCUUUGUGGCCAUCCGCUUCUUGGCGUUUUUACCUAUUAGUAGUAGGCUUGUGUAAAACUGCCAAGGAUUUAAAAUCUACCUGUAGGAAGUUUGCUUAGCUCAAAGAGUAAAAACUUUUGUGAAUGAGCCCGAUGGUGAAACAGAUCAGGCCAUUCUUUAUCCCUCAAGUGUUAACAUAAUGACUUAUGCAGUAUUCAAACCAUCUAGUGCAAUGCCUUUUUUUGUUUGUUUUUGUAACACGGGUGUAAUGUAUUAUAGAAAAAGUGAAAAUUACAAUUAUGAGCAGUUUUAUUAAUACUGUGUCAGUUUUGUAAAAAAAAAUGUAUAUUACAUCUGAACAAGUUGACUUUUAAACUAAAGAAAUGACAUUGUAAAUCAUAAUUGCCUCUUUUAAUUUAAUAUGGAAAAUUCAAUUAACAAUAUUGGAAGUACUUAAUGUAUUAUAUUGUAUAUAUUUCUCUACUUUGGUUCCAGCUAUUUUAUAUGAUUGACAUGUUAUUUAAAAAAUAACUGCUUUGAUCUUUUGAAGACUUGUAAAUAAAGACUUACAAUAAACUGA